UAAACAAUUUAGUAAAGCCUUAGAAGAAUUUUCUCUCCUAAUCGGUCGAGUUAGAAUUGAACAAUCUUGCAAUGAUUACAAUGAAUCAACUAUUUCCUUUCACAUGACUUGCAAACCUUUACUAUCCCAUUUACAAAGACUUUCAUUUCAUGAAUGUCCUAUAAUUUCUGAAUACCCAACCAUUAUGCCUCUUCUCGAUUCUGCUCCAAAUCUUACACACCUUGAUUUGGGUGGUUGUUCUAUCAGCGACUUAACUUUAAAUUUCUUAGCUGGAACAAAUGUUCCAACUAAAUUAUCACAUUUACUAUUGGCUAAAUGUGAAAACAUUCCAUCUGAUGCUAUUUCAUCUUUUAUUUCUAAAUGUUCUCGACUGGAAACCUUUAUCUUUAUGGUGACAGAAAUAUCACUAUAG